AUGAAGAUAUUCAUCUUUUUCUUUGCUGUUCUCCUCUUUCUGGCCCCAGCCAAGAAUUCAUUUUUUGAUGAGAAAUGCCUCAAGCUUAAAGGGAGAUGUGUGAAUUAUUGUGAGAAAAAUGAAGAACUUGUUGCUCUCUGCCAGAAGUCCCUGAGAUGCUGUGUGACUCUCCAGCCAUCUCCAAGCCAGUCUGAUGUCGUGUGUCCAGACAUCAUGCCUCUUGGUGAAUAA